UGCCCUAAAAGUUCACAUUUUGUGUCAACUUAUCAUGGCAAUGAGAAAGGGAGCUUCUUCUCCAUGCCUCUUGUUUUUGUUCUUCUUCUUCACUUUGGUGCUCUUGGGGUGCCCUUCCCUAGGGCACCCUAACUACAAAGAUGCCCUAGCAAAGUCCAUAUUGUUCUUUCAGGGGCAAAGGUCUGGGAGGCUCCCCACCGGCCAACAGAUGAGUUGGAGGUCCAACUCUGGCCUCUCUGAUGGCUCUCUUGCCCGUGUUGAUUUAACCGGUGGCUACUACGACGCGGGUGACAAUGUGAAGUUCAACUUUCCCAUGGCCUUCGCCACCACCAUGCUGUCAUGGGGCACCCUAGAAUACGGCAAGAGAAUGGGGCCCCAGCUACAAAACUCGCGGGCCGCCAUCCGCUGGGCCACGGACUACCUCAUCAAGUGUGCAACGACUACCCCCAACACUCUCUAUGUCGGAGUUGGGGAUCCCACUGCCGACCACAAGUGCUGGGAGCGGCCGGAGGACAUGGACACGGUCCGAACAGUGUACUCGGUGUCGCCUAGGAACCCAGGCUCGGAUGUGGCGGGAGAGACUGCAGCUGCAUUGGCAGCUGCGUCCAUGGUUUUCCGGAAAGUUGAUCCUAAGUAUUCAAGGUUGCUCUUGGCAACUGCGAAGAAGGUGAUGCAGUUUGCAAUGCAGUAUAGAGGGGCUUAUAGUGACUCUCUUGGGUCAGCUGUCUGCCCAUUCUACUGUUCGUAUUCUGGGUAUAAGGAUGAGCUACUAUGGGGAGCGGCAUGGCUUUGGAGGGCAACAAACGAUGCAUCAUACCUCAAUUUCUUACAGUCCCUGGGAGCCAACGAUGCCAGUGACAUCUUCAGCUGGGACAACAAACUGGCCGGCGCUCGAGUCCUGCUAUCACGGAGAGCUUUAAUUGGUAAUGAUAAGCGUGUUGAGUCAUUCAAGCAACAAGCUGAGGACUUCAUGUGUAGAAUCCUCCCUAAUUCUCCUUCUUCAAGUACCAGUUACACACAAGGAGGGCUGAUGUUCAAGCUGGCUGAGAGUAAUUUACAGUACGUGACAUCAAUAACAUUCUUGCUCAGCACAUAUGCCAAGUAUAUGACAGCCUCAAAGCACACCUUUAAUUGUGGGAGCGUCAGGGUCAGCUCUACUACUUUGAGGAACCUUGCAAAGCAACAGGUGGACUACAUUUUAGGGGAGAAUCCAUUGAAGAUGUCUUAUAUGGUAGGGUUUGGGGCAAACUUCCCAAAGAGAAUUCACCACAGAGGCGCCUCCAUUCCCUCCAAGGCCAGUCAUCCUGAGGCCAUAGGUUGCGACAGUGGCUUCCAGUCUUUCUUCUACACGUCAAACCCUAACCCUAACAUCCUCACCGGAGCCAUUGUCGGAGGCCCAAACCAGAACGAUGGCUUCCCUGAUGAACGGACUGAUUACAGCCACUCGGAGCCUGCUACAUAUAUCAAUGCUGCCAUUGUAGGGCCUCUAGCAUACUUGGCUGGGAGCUACUCUAGUUGAUGACAUGCCUAGAAAUAUUAGCUACUCAAUUGUAACAUACAGUCUGAUUUCAUCCUAGAAAAUGAGUUGUGCAACAGAAAAGAUUUGGUGGAAUAAAAGAAAUAUCAAU